CUCUAUAGCUUCUAGUCAUACAUACACAUUCAUUUAAAUAACUUUAGCUAGACUUGAAUAUGGCUCGUCGUGAGGAGAUUUAUGACGUCUGUGUGGUGGGGGCCGGUAUAGAGGGAAGUUCAACAGCUCGAUACCUUGCUUCGCGGAAGAAAAAGACUCUCCUCUUAGAACAGUUUCCUCUUCCCCAUGCACGUGGUAGCUCACAUGGUCAUAGCAGGAUUGUUCGCUAUGGUUAUCCAGAGGAUUUUCAUGUAGCAUUGAUGCCAGAGGCCUUUGAAAUAUGGAGUGAGGUUGAAAAGAAAUAUGGAAAACCCCUUAUCAAAAAGUGUGGUUUGUUAACGAUAGAUGAACCUCCCUAUGCAGAUGUAGCACAAGUAAUUACCAACGUACGAGGCGUAGGGAAAGAAUGUAUUCCUCUUUCAGCUGAAGAAAGCAACAAGAGAUUUCCUGGUUUAAAUUUCUCACCAGAUGAUUCUUGUGCUCUGGAGCAGGACAGUGGAUUAAUUGAUGCCAAUAGUGCACUUAAAGCGAUGCAGGAACAAUUUGUGGAAUUUGGUGGAAUUUUGCAUGACAGGGAGAAAGUAUUAGAUAUUGAGCCAGGCACUGUGGUCAGCAUUAAAACGGUCAACAACACAUACAAGGCAAGAAGUGUUGUCAUCACUGUUGGUCCUUGGGUGAACAAGGUGCUAAAUCCUCUUGGUGUUACAAUACCCCUGAGUAUACAGAGAAUGAGUGUUUGUUACUGGCCAGUAACUGAACCCCAUCUCUACUCUGCUGACAAGUUUCCUGCCUACAUAUUUUGUGCUCCACUGGGAUGUAGAAAAACCCAUGUUUAUGGGUUUCCAAUAAAUGAGUAUCCUGGGCUAAUUAAGAUUUGUCCUCAUAAAGGUACAGAUAUACCCAGUGCUGACCACAGAGAUUCUUGCACACCACAAGAGGACCCCAAUGUUCAAUUUACAGCUGAAGUUAUUAAGGCUCGUUUUCCUGGUGUGAAGCCAGAACCAAGUAUUGUGGAGUCAUGUAUUUAUUCAGUUACUCCUGAUAGUCUGUUUGUGAUGGACAAGCACCCAGAAUUUAGGAAUAUUGUAAUUGGUGCAGGCUUUUCAGGGCAUGGUUUCAAAAUGGCGCCUGUUGUUGGAAAGAUCCUGUCGCAAAUGGCGCUUGGUGAGAAAGUAUCCUACGAUGUGCUGCCUUUUAGGCUGUCCAGGUUCACAAGCUUUGGAAGAAGUAAAUCUUCACUAUAGAACGCUUCUCACAGCACUUUUCUUAUUGGAGUGUGUGAACUGGACUGAUUUCAGGCAUUCCUCCAAAAAGCUGUUUUAUUUUUUUAGUAACAUACUUCACUUACUCUCAGUCCCAUAUGUAGAUUGGGACCGUUACCACUUCAAAUUAUGCAGUCACAUUUUAUUCCACUCUCCCCCUUUGGGAAGUCACGCAAUCCCCUUGUUUCGAGGAGGGUGUUGCGUGAAAUUUCAAUAACGCCUAUGUAAUUAGGGGCUAUCCUAUAGAUAUUCGUCAUUGUUUUUUUUUUGUUUUGCUUUUUUCUUUUCUUUUAUAUUUUUUCUUCGUUAUUCUUAUUACUAUUAUUAUUAAUCGUUUUUAAACAACUAGACCGUAUGCAAGGUUCAUAUUUUAGGUUAAAUUACUCCUGGGGAAUAAGAUUUUUUGCGUGUUCUGGACUCGCGCAAAAUGUUUAAACCUCGAUCUUUUUUUAAUGGACAACCGAGCGCAAAUAUUCACCAUACUUCUUACUGUGUCCCCACAAACUGAGGAAUUUUAGGAAGAACUACAAGAUUUUGGUACCGAUAUUCUAUUAAUACGGUAGCUAGAAAUGCAAAAAAAAAAUCCGAUUUAUGGUUAAUAUAUAGCAAUAAUAAAAACCGAUUGGUUUUUUGUUCAUUUGAUCUAUAUUCAUUGUCUGAGAGAUAAGAUACGAUUAAGAAAAAAAUUAAUGCAAAUCGCACUGUUUGGAGCCAAUCAGGUUGCAGUGAUCGCUGAUUUGAAGAUGGAUGUAAUAAAGUGGUAUAUUUAUAUCACGAAAAGUACUCAUCGAUAGAGAAGGUGGAUAUAACUCUGGUAUAUUUCAAAAUAAACGAGUGUUUCCCAUUA